AUGGUGCCACGGCGAGGGGCUCGUACUGCCUUCAACGUCAGCGGGAUCCUUAGCUUCACCAUCAGCCGCAACUGCUGCUGCUCGUCCAUGGAACCUCGCACAUCGCCGGAGUUCGAGCUCCGGCCUGGGGUCUCCAGGCUCCAUGUUCUGCUCCAAGGUGUGUAUACCGAGACGAAGUCGUCAGGGAGCGGUGAUGACGGCGGCGGCGAGAGGGUGCUGUGUAUGGUCGGGGACGCUGUCCUCCCCGUGCGCGGCAGCAACAGCACGGACCCUUGGGACUGGGCCAAGAACCAUGGCCGCGACGGCAAAUUGAAGCCGCCGGUCGUGGCCGACGGCAACAUCCUGCUCGUGCUACGGUACCCGAAGGCGGCCACGCUGACAACUCGCGCCGUGCGCGGCGAGAUGACGAGCACGAGCGCCAAGUCCGAUGCUGCCUACUUCGACACCGUCCGCCUGGUGUCACAGCUCGGCGGCGGGUACGACUCCGGCUACCAAUUCCAGCCAGAAGAUGCGGAGCUUGAUGCCGUCGUCGCUGGGUGCAGCAACGACCCAAUCUUCCAUGACGGCGACGACGCCACGGAGCACCUGAACAGGGGCGCCUCUCCUUGCGACAUCAUCUACCAAUCCGCUCCCGGUCACCAGGUGAUGGAAGUAAUCCCAAACUGGAACUGCGAGGGGACCGACGCGUUCUGCAGCCGGGUCGGGCCGUUCGGGACCAGCCGCCCCACCACGAGGAGUAUGCAGGACAUGGCGUUCACCCGUUCUGGCAUCGCGGUGCAGGGCCUCCAGUGCGAGCCGACGUCCAGCAUCGACGGCACGGCCGCCGCGAGGGUGGCGGCCCUGUUCCGCUACGUACCCCCAUGGGAGCAUCAGUCCAUGGCGGUCGAGCGGACCGGCCUGAGCGCCAUGACCCUGUCGGCCGAGGGCGUGUGGACCGCGUCCACCGGGCGGGUCUGCAUGGUGGCCUGCCUCGGCGGUGCUAAGGAGGCAUGCCACUACCGCGUGACCCUAUCCGUCCGGAAGACGUUCUCGAUGGCUCGCCGCGGCAAUAAUAUCGGCCAGAUAGCCGCCAUGGAUGGGAGCCACGCUCCGCUCUUGUUCCAGCAGCGCGUGAGACCCAGAGAGCAAUGGUUUGGCUCCGGGGAGACGCCGCGCAAGUCGUACAUUUACACCAAGGUCGAGCAGGCUCGGGAGCUCCUACGGGUCGUCAAACCAACUGGAUUUCGCGACACCAACAUUGCCAAGUUACUGCUCAGCUAUCCAAACCUCGCCGGCGCUGCCCAUGACUUGGUGAGCCUCUCCAACCUCGCCGGCGAUCUUAAUCUCUUAUUUCGAUGCGUGGUGAAGCCACCUUUCGUGCCGGGAUGGAUCGAGGAGCCGCUCUUCGAGCUCCAGAUACUCUCUGUUGGCACCCUCGUCGGAACCUAUUCUCCAAAAUUUCAGCAGCAAUUUCAAGGUGGUGGGUUCAGUAUGCGGAUGGAACAGCUUGGUAGAGUCAGAGUCCACUCCGUGGAGAAGCAGCAGAUACUGAAUGUGUCUGCAGAGUUCACGGCAUCCAGGAACAAUUUCCUCAGUCCAAGUUCGGUGAUGUCGUUGGAGGGCGUGUACAGCCCGGAGGAUGGGCGAAUGUACCUGAUCGGCUGCCGGAACGUCCAUGCCCCAUGGCGAGCCCUGUCGAAGAGAAGCGACCUUGAAGACGGGAUGGACUGUUCCAUAGAGGUGACAGUGGAGUACCCGCCGACGACGACGCGGUGGCUUGUCAGCCGGGCGGCGAAGGUCUCCAUCGCCAGCGUGAGGGACGAGGACGACCCGUUGCACUUCAACAGGACGGAGCUCCACACGCUGCUCGUCACCUACCGCGAGCAGCGGCGGGACGAGCUGACAGAGGCGACGGUCGAGGGGCUCCUCUGCGUCACCAUGCUGUCGGCCACCAUCGCCGCCACCAUCAGCCAGCUGCGCUAUGUCAAAUCUCACGCCGACGUCGCGCCGUACAUCUCCCUCGUGAUGCUCGGCGCCCAGGCCCUCGGCUACAGCGCGGCGCUGGUCACGGAUGCCAAGAUGCUGCCUGCGUGGCCGACGUCGAGGUACAAGCCCUAUGGUGACCGUAUGGGCUGGGACAUGGACUGCUCCGUCAAGGCGCUCACCCUCGCGGCGCUUCUCCUCACGGCGCGGCUCGCCCAGAAGGUGUGGCGAUCGAGGGCCCGGGCGCGGGCGCGGUCACCGCUCGAACCUGGGCGCGUCCCGGGCGACGGCGCGGUGUUCCUGUGCAGCUGCGGCGUGCACUUGGCCGGCCUCUUCUUCGUCCUCGCCGUGCACUGGCUGAGCACCUAUGGCACGUCAACGGCUCAGCUGACACCCAGCAGGGUGAUCUACGGCGAAGCGCAAGGGAUGCCGUCGUCGCACACGCGCACGCGGGCCGCCAUCGUCGAGCGGCACGUCGGCGUCGUGAAGGAGUGGUUCUUGCUCGCGCAGGUCAUCGGCAACGCCCUCUGGCGCGUCAACUGCAAGCCUCUCGCGGAGAGGUACUACGCCGGAGUCACCGCCGUGUGGCUGCUGCCACAUGUCUACGGCUACCUCCGGCCGCCGGUGGUCAACACUUUCUACGAGUCCGAGGCUCACGACGAUGUCAUGGACUUCUACUCAAAGGCCAGCGCCGUGGUGGUUCCCGUCGUUGGCUUCGUGCUCGCUCUCGUUGUUUAUGUGCAGCAGCGCUGGAACUACAAGAUCGUCGGCUGGGCAAUGAGGACGGAGAAGAAUAAGCUGCAGCAUACCUACUGA